AUGUCGGCGGUCUGCUCUACCUUCGGGCCUCGCCUCCUGACACUUCCUUCACCUCCUCCUCCUACGUGGGAUCCGUGCCUGUCUGUUCUCCUACCUCCUGCAGGUCACUGCUCAAACCUAACCCCUCCUAUCCUCUGUCACUACUUCGCUAAGCCCACGAGCUCAUAGACUACUUACUAUUACUACUACUACAACUACAACUACUACUAUUACCAGCAGGUCCCCCCGCUCAAGUCAGCGCAUGUCCAGGCCCGUCUGAAGUUUGCCAAUGACCAUCUGGAUGAUCCAGAGGAGGAAUGGGCGGCAGGUAGCUUAGUGGUUAAGAGCGUUGUGCCAGUAACCAAAAGGUCGCUGGUUCUAAUCCCCGAGCCGACUAGGUGAAAAAUCUGUCGAUGUGCCCUUGAGCAAGGCACUUAACCCUAAUUGCUCCUGUAAGUCACUCUGGAUAAGAGCGUCUGCUAAAAUGUAUGUCAUGUGGUCUGAUGAGACAAAAAUAGAGCUUUUUGGUCUAAACUCCACUCGCCGUGUUUGGAGGAAGAAGAAGGAUGAGUACAACCCCAAGAACACCAUCCCAACCGUGAAGCAUGGAGGUGGAAACAUCAUUCUUUGGGGAUGCUUUUCUGUAAAGGGGACAGGUGACUGCACCGUAUUGAGGGGAGGAUGGAUGGGGCCAUGUAUCGUGAGAUCUUGGCCAACAACCUCCUUCCCUCAGUAAGAGCAUUGUGGCUGGGUCUUCCAGCAUGACAACGACCCGAAACACACAGCCAGGGCAACUAAGGAGUGGCUCCGUAAGAAGUAUCUCAAGGUCCUGGAGUGGCCUAGCCAGUCUCCAGACCUGAACCCAAUAGAAAAUCUUUGGAGGGAGCUGAAAGUCCGUAUUGCCCAGCGACAGCCCGAAACCUGAAGGAUCUGGAGAAGGUCUGUAUGGAGGAGUGGGCCAAAAUCCCUGCUGCAGUGUGUGCAAACCUGGUCAAGACCUACAGGAAACGUAUGAUCUCUGUAAUUGCAAACAAAGGUUUCUGUACCAAAUAUUAAGUUCUGCUUUUCUGAUGUAUCAAAUACUAAUGUCAUGCAAUAAAAUGCAAAUUAAUUACUUAAAAAUCAUACAAUGUGAUUUUCUGGAUUUUUGUUUUAGAUUCCGUCUCUCACAGUUGAAGUGUACCUAUGAUAAAAAUUACAGACCUCUACAUGCUUUGUAAGUAGGAAAACCUGCAAAAUCGGAAGUGUAUCAAAUACUUGUUCUCCCCACUGUAUAUACAGUAUCUCACAAAAGUGAGUACACCCCUCACAAUUUUGUAAAUAUUUGAGUAUAUCUUUUCAUGUGACAACACUGAAGAAAUGACACUUUGCUUCAAUGUAAAGUAGUGAGUGUACAGCUUGUAUAACAGUGUAAAUUUGCUGUUGCCUCAAAAUAACUCAACACACAGCCAUUAAUGUCUAAACCGCUGGCAACAAAAGUGAGUACACCCCUAAGUGAAAAUGUCCAAAUUGGGCCCAAUUAGCCAUUUUCCCUCCCCGGUGUCAUGUGACUCGUUAGUGUUACAAGUUCUCAGGUGUGAAUGGGGAGCAGGUGUGUUAAAUUUGGUGUCAUCGCUCUCACACUCCCUCAUACAACAUUCGGAGAGUACGACCCUGACUUACACAGGAAGCGGCACAGGUCCUAAUCCAGGCACUUGUCAUCUCCCGUCUGGAUUACUGCAACUCGCUGUUGGCUGGCCUCCCUGCCUGUGCCAUUAAACCCCUACAACUCAUCCAGAACGCCGCAGCCCGUCUGGUGUUCAACCUUCCCAAGUUCUCUCACGUCACCCCCCUCCUCCGCACACUCCACUGGCUUCCAGUUGAAGCUCGCAUCCGUUACAAGACCAUGGUGCUUGCCUAUGGAGCAGUGAGGGGAACGGCACCUCUGUACCUUCGGGCUCUGAUCAGUCCCUACACCCAAACGAGGGCAUUGCGUUCAUCCACCUCUGGCCUGCUGGCUCCCCUUCCUCUGCGGAAGCAUAGUUCCCGCUCAGCCCAGUCAAAACUGUUCGCUGCUCUGGCACCCCAAUGGUGGAACAAGCUCCCUCACGACGCCAGGACAGCGGAGUCACUCACCACCUUCCGGAGACAUUUGAAACCCCACCUCUUUAAGGAAUACCUGGGAUAGGAUAAAGUAAUCCUUCUACCCCCCCCCCCCCCCCCCCCCCCCCCCCCCCCCAAAAAAAAUUGUAAAGUGGUUAUCCCACUGGCUAUAGGGUGAAUGCACCAAUUUGUGAGUCGCUCUGGAUAAGAGCGUCUGCUAAAUGACGUAAAUGUGCCCUUGAGCAAGGCACUUAACCCUAAUUGCUCCUGUAAGUCGCUCUGGAUAAGAGCGUCUGCUAAAUGACUAAAAUGUAAAUGUAAAUGUACUGGUCACUGGAAGUUCAAAAUGGCACCUCAUGGCAAAGAACUCUCUGAGGAUCUGAAAAAAAGAAUUGUUGCUCUACAUAAAGAUGGCCUGGGCUAUAAGAAGAUUGCCAAGACCCUGAAACUGAGCUGCAGCACGGUGGCCAAGACCAUACAGCGGUUUAACAGGACAGGUUCCACUCAGAACAGGCCUCGCCAUGGUCGACCAAAGAAGUUGAGUGCACGUGCUCAGCGUCAUAUCCAGAGGUUGUCUUUGGGAAAUAGACGUAUGAGUGCUGCCAGCAUUGCUGCAGAGGUUGAAGGGGUGGGGGGGUCAGCCUGUCAGUGCUCAGACCAUACACUGCAUCAAAUUGGUCUGCAUGGCUGUCGUCCCAGAAGGAAGCCUCUUCUAAAGAUGAUGCACAAGAAAGCCCGCAAACAGUUUGCUGAAGACAAGCAGACUAAGGACAUGGAUUACAUGUCCUGUGGUCUGAUGAGACCAAGAUAAACUUAUUUGGUUCAGAUGGUGUCAAGCGUGUGUGGUUGCAACCAGGUGAGGAGUACAAAGACAAGUGUGUCUUGCCUACAGUCAAGCAUGGUGGUGGGAGUGUCAUGGUCUGGGGCUGCAUGAGUGCUGCCGGCACUGGGGAGCUACAGUUCAUUGAGGGAACCAUGAAUGCCAACAUGUACUGUGACAUACUGAAGCAGAGCAUGAUCCCCUCCCUUCGGAGACUGGGCCGCAGGGCAGUAUUCCAACAUGAUAACGACCCCAAACACACCUCCAAGACGAUCACUGCCUUGCUAAAGAAGCUGAGAGUAAAGGUGAUGGACUGGCCAAGCAUGUCUCCAGACCUAAACCCUAUUGAGCAUAUGUGGGGCAUCCUCAAAUGGAAGGUGGAGGAGUGCAAGGUCUCUAACAUCCACCAGCUCUGUGAUGUCAUCAUGGAGGAGUGGAAGAGGACUCCAGUGGCAACCUGUGAAGCUCUGGUGAACUCCAUGCCCAAGAGGGUUAAGGCAGUGCUGGAAAAUGAUGGUGGCCACACAAAAUAUUGACACUUUGGGCCCAAUUUGGACAUUUUCACUUAGGGGUGUACUCACUUUUGUUGCCAGCGGUUUAGACAUUAAUGGCUGUGUGUUGUGUUAUUUUGAGGGGACAGUAAAUUUACACUGUUAUACAAGCUGUACACUCACUACUUUACAUUGUAGCACAGUGUCAUUUAUUCAGUGUUAUCACAUGAAAAUAUAUACUCAAAUAUUUACAAAAAUGUGAGGGGUGUACUCACUUUUGUGAGAUAAUAAAUAUAUAUAUAUAUAUAUAGUACCAGUCAAAAGUUUGGACACACCUACUCAUUCAAGGGUUUUUCUUUAUUUUUACUAUUUUCUACAUUGUAGAAUAAUAGUGAAGGCAUCAAAACUAUGAAAUAACACAUAUAGAAUCAUGUAGUAACCAAAAAAGUGUUAAACAAAUCAAAAUAUAUUUUAGAUUUGAGAUUCUUCAAAGUAGCCACCCUUUGCCUUGAUGACAGCUUUGCACACUCUUGGCAUUCUCUCAACCAGCUUCAGGAUGAAUGCUUUUCCAACAGUCUUGAAGGAGUUCCCACAUAUGCUGAGCACUUGUUGGCUGCUUUUCCUUCCCUCUGCGGUCCAACUCAUCCCAAACCAUCUCAAUUGGGUUGAGGUCGGGUGAUUGUGGAUGCCAGGUCAUCUGAUGCAGCACUACAUCACUCUCCUUGGUCACAUAGCCCUUACACAGCCUGGAGGUGUGUUUUGGGUCAUUGUCCUGUUGGAAAACAAAUGAUAGUCCCACUAAGUGCAAACCAGAUGGGAUGGCGUAUCGCUGCAGAAUGCUGUGGUAGCCAUGAUGGUUAAGUGUGCCUUAAAUUCUAAAUAAAUCACAGACAGUGUCACCAGAAAAGCACCCCACACCAUCACACCACCUCCUCCAUGCUUCACAGUGGGAACCACACAUGCGGAGAUCAUCCAUUCACCUAGUCUGCUUCUCACAAAGACACGGCGGUUGGAACCAAAAAUCUCAAAUUCAGAUUAAUCAGACCAAAGGACAGAUUUCCACCGGUCUAAUGUCCAUUGCUCGUGUUUCUUGACCGAAGCAAGUCUCUUCUUAUUGGUGUCCUUUAGUAGUGGUGUCUUUGCAGCAAUUCGACCAUGAAGGCCUGAUUCACGCAGUCUCCUCUGAACAGUUGAUGUUGAGAUGUGUCUGUUACUUGAACUCUGUGAAGCAUUUAUUUGGGUUGCAAUCUGAGGUGCAGUUAACUCUAAUGAACUUAUCCUCUGCAGAAGAGGUAACUCUGGGUCUUCCUUUCCUGUGGCAAUCCUCAUGAGAGCCAGUUUCAUCAUAGCGCUUGAUGGUUUUUGCGACUGCACUUGAAGAAACGUUCAUAGUUCUUGAAAUGUUCUCGAUUGACUGACCUUCAUGUCUUAAAGUAAUGAUGGACUGUCGUUUCUCUUUGCUUAUUUGAGCUGUUCUUGCCAUAGUAUGGACUUGGUAUUUUUCCAAGUAGGGCUAUCUUCUGUAUACCACCCCUACCUUGUCACAACACAACUGAUUGGCUCAAACGCAAUAAGAAGGAAAAUAUUCCACAAAUUCACUUUUAACAAGGCACACCUGUUAAUUGAAAUGCAUUCCAGGGGACCAACUCAUGAAGCUGGUUGAGAGAAUGCCAAGAGUGUGCAAAGCUGUCAUCAAGGCAAAGGGUGGCUACUUUGAAGAAUCUCAAAUCUAAAAUAUAUUUUGAUUUGUUUAACACUUUCUUGGUUACAACAUGAUUCCAUAUGUGUUAUUUCAUAGUUUUGAUGUCUUCACUAUUAUUGUACAAUGUAGAAAAUAGUAAAAAAUAAAGAAAAACCCUUGAAUGAGUAGGUGUGUCCAAACUUUUUUACUGGCAUUGUGUAUGUAUGUAUGUAUGUAUGUAUGUAUGUAUGUAUGUAUGUAUGUAUGUAUAUAUUGUGUGUGUGUAUAUGUAUGUAUAACAGUUUUCAGCUGUGCUAACAUAAUUGCAAAAGGGUUUUCUAAUGAUCAAUUAACAUUUUAAAAUGAUAAACUUGGAUUAGCAAACACCGUGCCAUUGGAACACAGGACUGGUUUCCAGCUACAAUAGCCAUUUACAACAUUAACAAUGUCUACACUGUAUUUCUGAUCAAUUUGAUGUUAUUUUAAUGGACAAAAAAAUUGCUUUUCUUUCAAAAACAAGGACAUUUCUAAGUGACCCCAAACUUUUGAACGGUAGUGUAUAUAUAUUUUGUAUCAAAGUAUAAUGAAUUUAUAUUAUAGUCCAGUUUGUGGCGUUAAUCCAACAUAGUGGAUGCCAACCGCUGUUAAACUCAGAAGAAGAAGAAGAAGAAGAAGAAGAAGAAGAAGAAGAAGAAGAAGAAGAAGAAGAAGAAGAAGAAGAAAAAGAAACCGGAAGUAAACGUCAUAUUUAAACGACGACCGUGAAUGUUCGGUUAUUUUGCUUCUUAUGUAGCUAAAUAGCUACAUAGCUUGGGAAAUGGCUGAAUCGUUUGAAGAACGUCUCGUAAAAGCAGUCAAAGAGCAUACGCACUUGUAUGAUACCUCAAUACGUUUACAUUUCGACAAAGAGGCUCUCGAACACAGUUGGCGCGAAAUUGCUACAUAUUUAAACUCCGAUCCAGAUACCUGCAGGAAGAAAUGGAGACUUGCGAGGGACCGUCAUGUGAGAGCACUGAAAAAGUCUAAGGAUAUGCCAGAGGGUGUACCGAGGCCUGGAAUUCUGAGUUGGCUCACCAUUUUUAUCAAACAUCGGCAAACCAACCCAAACUUUCCCGAGGUAGCUAGUUAGCUAAGAAACUGAAAAUGUAUGGCUACAGUACCUAGUUGCUAGACCUGACUUGUAGACCGGUAAUUAUCGGUAUUAUGAAAGAUUAUCUAAUAAAUCGUCUAAAGAAACCACUAUUUCUGGCACUGGGUUCGCAGUUAAAAUGAGUGCAAUAUCAACACCAGCAGCAGAGGACACACAUAAAUCAGUACGAGAUUGCAAGAUUCAUGUAAAAUGUUGUUGUUGAAAACGUUAAACAAUUAGUCAUGUGUUUAUGGCAAUCGGGCCUUAAUCAGAAUAUAUGACAGUGACAAUGAUUAAUUUAGUCAUAAAAUGAGAAAGUAAUGUUUUAAUGAAUUUGCAACAGCCUUACUGUUAAUCUUUUCAAGAUUUGCAAUUACUGCCUCUUGUUUUGUUGGUUUCCAUAGAUUUCAGCAGACAGAGUUGAGAGUCUUAAUAGCAAACUGGAUCAGACUCCCAUGUUUUCAGACCAGGCAGGUAAGCCAAUAAUAGUGUUGUGUAGUUGGCUACAGGUAUUGUGUAGUUGGCUACUGACACAAUCCUUAUGUUUCCAUACUGGCUCCUUUUUUAUUUUACUGUAGGUCCACGGUUCCCUUUAUCUUCUUUCCGUCUCCUGGUUCCUCCUCUACGCCUGAUGUCAGCUUUUAUGUGGCAAGUGGCUCAAGAGCGUAAUGUGAUGCAGUAUGGGAAGCUGGAGGAGUUUGUGACUUUGGUGACAGAGAUGGUUCCAGAGCUGCUGAGCUCCAGGCAGAGGACCCAACUCAUCCUGGGACUGAGAGCAAGGGUGAGAAGUGGGAGGGUGGAGAAGGAGUAGAGGCAUGGAUGUAAAGAAAGAAUAAUAGUCAUUGGACUAAGAUCCUCAUAAAAUCUGCUUUCAGAUGGUUUUAGAGUUGUUUCGCAAUGAAAACCCACCGGAACCCCAGACCAUCCAACUUCAUUUGGACAGAAUCAGAACUUCUUCAGUACAUGCUGUGCACGAGGAUGUAUGUAACUUUCAGUGUCAAUAGUAGUCUGGAUGCUGUGGAAUAGAGGGAGCUUAUAUUGUGUUUCUGUUAAAGCUUAUUUUAUCAUUCAUUUUACAUGCCCAGUCACAGAGUAGAAAUGAGUUGGAGGCUUCGGAGUCUAACUUCGUGGAACUUGUCAAAACCCUGCUGGAAGACCCUUCUGAGAAGAAGCACUUCUUCCAGGUGGGAAAUAUCCUAAUGAAUCAUAGUUGUUGCUUUCAGAGUCAAUAGGACAGCAUGUUCCAGCAAUGUAAAACUCAGUAGUGAAAUCUUGCUUGUUUUACAAUAACUGAUGAAAGACCAUACAAAAUGAACAACCCAGCAAGGUAUUGGCUCGAACUACUCUUGUUUUAUUUCUCUCUCUCUCAGGUGGUGUUCCCAAUACGUUACGGCCCUCGGUAUGACACAGCACUGCAGAUACUGGUGUGGGAGUUCAUCUCCCGACUGGAGGAGCUGCUGCCUGUACCAGACCUUACAGAGGUAGAGGCUCAAUAUCUUAAUAGGAUGAAAUCUUUAGAGAUGGUCAGGCUUGUCAUGUUAUUUCUUCAGUAUCACACGCUUAGGGAUGUCACUAACUAUUUUUAUAAUGACACUGUAUAAUGUCCAGUCUUUGGGAACAAAGCUACUUGUUCAUGAUAUCCUUUUGGUCAACUCAAGUUGAAUCCUAUAUGAUUAAUGUAGACACACAGGAGAGGAGUGCUUCUUUGAUUCAAGACCAUGGUGCUUGCCUACGGAGCAGCAAGGGGAACUGCACCUCCUCACCUUCAGGCUAUGCUCAAACCCUACAUCCCAACCUGAGCACUCUGUUCUGCCACCUCUGGUCUCUUGGUCUCGCGCCCCUGCUUGAGGGCAGCUCCCGCUCAGCCCAGUCAAAGCUCUCCUCUGUCCUGGCACCCCAAUGUACAUUUAUAGUUAAUCCAUGAGGUGCUCUUUGAUCAUUUGAUGAAAUAUUAUAGAACAAAAAGAAGUUGAUGCUGGAUAGUAAACAAUGCCGUAAAAGCCUUUGUGCAAACAAACUUCCAGAAGUAAUCAAGGCACUCGUGUAGUGGAAAUAUGUAAAAGCCUUUGUUUUACGACUUAUGCAUGGCAAGAAUAUAAAAAAUAAAAAAAACACCCACCUAGCUAGAGCUGCAGAAACCAUUUUAAUGUUCCUUUUAUCCUCUCAGACAGCAUCUUGUCUCAGCAUUGCCCCCUCUGACCUGGAGGAGUUCUGGCAUUCUGUCUCUGACCCCGAGCACCUGAAGACACUACUGCAGCAUCAUAGACAUCUGGGAUACUUGAGCAAAAGUUAGUCUUAAUAAGAGGAUAUCAACCAUGUUAGCCAUGUGCUCUUCUUCUGUAAAUUAGUUAAUUGCAUUUUUCCGUUUCCUUUCCUGAGAUGAAAAUUCUCCCUUUCUCCAGAUAAAUUCUCCAACCAGGUCGCAGACAACAUCUUGUCCACAUUGUCAAUUCCUCAAAUUCACGGCCUGAAGUCAAGUCUCGAUGGACAUGAAGGCAUGAAAGGGAGCACAGAGGGGUGGAAGAUCAACAGUGAGGAAGACCAAGAGGAAGGAGGAGAGUUGCAUUGUGAAAAUAACUUGGAGGAGGAUGAUGAUGAUGAUGGAAGUGAGAGAAAUGAAGACCCUGAGAGAGGAUUAAAGGAUGAAGAUGACGCAAACUGGACCUCCCCUCUGAGUGAACCAGAGGACUCGGAUGGUAAGGAAGUUCAGAGAUUCAUAAUGAUACAGUCCGUUUCCGCCAUGUAUUUUGAAGUGAUUUGUAAAAGCCUGACAUGUUACAUUCCCUACAUAUAUUUGUAAUGUUUUUUUAACGCUCCUUGACUUUCAGGUGAAAAUCAGGAAGUGCUUCACACCACUGUCAAAGUUUACACUUAGGAUCAUGAAUUACAGAGGUUGAUAUCAGUUCCUACUUAUAACACCUUAAAACAUAGUGGCUGUGUAUAUUGUUUUGGAGAAGGACAUUUUCGUGCUUUUGAGAGCACCACACUGAAGGCUGUUUCCAACAAUGGCCGUCACCUCUAGGGGAACCAUUCAUUUCAAUGGGAUGUUGGUUGGCGAGCGACGUUAACUGGAAAAUGCUGAAAAUUGCUAAAUAAUUAGCUAAUGAACUUAAAAACUGUCUGGAUGAAUCAUCAAUAUAUCUGUCCCAAAAUCACAAUAAGUUGGCACUCGGGAGGUCCAGGAUUCAUUUGGGUCAGGCAUCGUUUGCCCUUCGCAUAUGUUUUAUAGAGCGAAUCAUGGUACCAAACGCUCCAGGAUCCGGGUCAUAUAAGGAUAUGUUAACGCAUCUUCAUUUUUGUAUGUCUGCUCUCUUGUGCUUUCUGCCUGCAGAACCGGCUAGUGACAUGCCCUCCCAGGUCUUCUCCUGCCCCCAGUGCCCAUUCUCCCACAGGGAAAUGGUGGACCUUCACCAGCACAUCAGGAAGGAACAUCUAACAGAGGAGGACAGCAGGAGCCUGGACUCUGGAGGAGCUGAGAACUCACUGCCAUCCAGUGAAACAGUAAAGAGCUCCUCAGCCAAGAGGAUCAAUAAGAACACCUGCAAACAGUGCGGGAAGGGUUUCAGAUGCACAACUGACCUGAAACGACACCAAAGUAUUCACACAAGUGUGCAGCCGUUCCGUUGCAACCAGUGUGAGAAGAGAUUCAAAUCGGAGAGAUAUCUACAACUGCACAAGAAGAGUCACGACAUUGAACCGAUGCACAGGCCUAUUUGCCAACACUGUGGCAAGAGUUACACAAGUGCAGCAGUCCUCAAAAUACACAUACGCACACACACCGGGGAGCGGCCUUACUCCUGCUCAGUCUGUGGGAAGAAGUUCAAUCAAAAGCACACAUUAGUUAGACACCUCCGGAUGCACAAAGGGGAACGACCAUACCUGUGUAGCGUAUGUGGGAAGGCUUUCUUUGUUUCCGGGGAACUCUUAGUGCACAUGCGUUUUCACACAGGGGAACGACCUUACCGUUGUAAACCGUGUGGAAAGGCUUUCAGCACAUCAUGCGCUCUCACGUCACAUAAGCGAUGGCACUCAAACGAGCGCCCAUUCACCUGCUCCCUGUGUUCAAAGGGCUUUGCAGAAACUAGUGGCCUUAAAAGACACAUGUUUAUUCAUACUGAGGAGAAGCCCCAUUACUGCCACACAUGUGGGAAAGGAUUUAGUCAGUUGAGCAACAUGAGAAUACAUUUGAAAACUCAUAAGAAAUAAUGUAAUUGGAUCUUUGUCAGACUAAAGUGUAAUGUUUAUUGCGCCUUGAGCUCAUAAAGCCAAAAGUAAGAAAGAGGAGAAAAAAAAGUGUUAUAGGUCAUGUACAUCAUCCUGACAAAGUUUUCACAAUUUAUUGACUAAGUAGCCAUGCUGUUAUUUUCCUGUUGGUAAUGUGAUUGGUUGUUAAGGAACUUAGGCCACAGACUUUACAAUGACAUUGAGGUUUUACUUAGUGCACUACUCUGUGAGCACAGUAGGGGUACAUUUACAUUUUAGUCAUUUAGCAGACGCUCUUAUCCAGAGCGACUUACAGUUAGUGAGUGCAUACAUUUUUCAUACUGGCCCCCCGUGGGAAUCGAACCCACAACCCUGGCAUUGCAAGCGCUAUGCUCUACCAACUGAGCUACAGGAGGACUGUAGAUCAGGACAUGGGCAUUAAUAUGGAGUUGGUCCCCCCUUUGCUGCUAUAACAGCCUCCACUCUUCUGGGAAGGCUUUCCACCUGAUGUUGGAACAUUGCUUCGGGGACUUGCUUCCAUUCAGCCAAAAGAGCAUUAAUGAGGUCAGGCACUGAUGUUUGGCGAUUAGGCCCAGCUCGCAGUCAGUGUUCCAAUUAAUCCCAAAGGUGUUCGAUGGGGUUGAGGUCAGGGCUCUGUUCAGGCCAGUCAAGUUCUUCCACACCGAUCUCGACAAACCAUUUCUGUAUGGACCUCACUUUGCGCACAGAGGCAUUGUCAUGCUGAAACAGGAAAGGGCCUUCCCCAAACUGUUGCCACAAAGUUGGAAGCACAGAAUCGUGUAGAAUGUCAUUGUAUGCUGUAGCGUUAAGAUUCCCUUCACUGGACCUAAGGGCCCUAGACAGAACCAUGAAAAACAGCCCCAGACCAUUAUUCCUCCUCCACCAAACUUUAGAGUUGGCAAUAUGCAUUGCGGCAGGUAGCGUUCUCCUGGCAUCAGCCAAACCCAGAUUUGUCCGUCGGACUGCUAGAUGGUGAAGCGUGAUUCUUUACUUCAGAGACCGCGUUUCCACUGCUCCGGAGUCCAAUGGCUGCGAGCUUUACACCACUCCAGCCGACGCUUGGAUUUGCACAUGGUGAUCUUAGGCUGCUUGGCCAUGGAAACCCAUUUCAUGAAGCUCCCGACAAACAGUUAUUGUGCUGACGUUGCUUCCAGAGGCAGUUUGGAAUUCAGUAGUAGGUAACAUGAUGAAAGUAUGACACAUAGUUUGUGUAGGCCGUUCUGUACCUGAUGUAAUGAGAAGAAAAGAAAAAACUUUUUGACAGCAACUAUGAAGUUGUCGCUUGAAUAAUCAUUCAUGUGUUUUGGACCAAGCUCCUGAUGUAUGCCGGAACAGAGUCCUCCCUUUUCCUUAUUAUCCUGCAUAGUCACCUGUUGAAGUGUCGUCGUCUAAGGAAUGUUUUUAUUUUCAAUCCCUCGGUCAGGCACCCGAUUCCCUACUGCCACAUGCUGGGCUGAAGCACAUUUGGGUACACUUUUCUUUCCCAUUGUAAUCAGACUUGGGUUCAAAUACUAUUUCAAAUACCUCAAUUACUUUCACCUACAUUGUCCAAGUAAGUAUCUAGAUAUGUUUUAUUUGAAAAGACAAGUAGUUGAAUAUUUUUAUAUGUAUUUGAAAAUACUCAUACACUCCCAUGCAUUUAACCCAGGUAUUUGAAAUAAGUGUUUGAAAAUACACUCAUACUAUUUGGUUUUUACAAAUAGCCAUUCAAAUAACCAAAUAGAAGUACUUGUUUUGGGCUGUGUAUUUGCAAAUACUCAAAUACACACAUUUAUUUUUAAGUACUCAUACAUUUGAAACCAGGUCUGAUUUUAAUAAAUAGUCACUCAGUAAUCAUCUGCGGUGACUCAAUCAUUUGUAAAUUAACUAAUACUACAGCAUGUGUAUGAUAUAUGUAUAUUAAGUACAUGACGCUACAUUUAUUAUCCAUCAAACACAACUUUUUUUUUUUUUUUUUACUUAGAUGAGCAACAUGAAUACAUUUGAAAACUCGUUGGAUGUUUGUCAGACUUAAGUAAUUUUUACACUAGUGUAAUGUGUUGAGGUCAAAAAGCCAAAAGUAAGAAAAAUAAAGAUUGUAUUAUAGGUAAUGUACACUGAACAAAAAUAUAAACGCAUGUUUCAUGAACUGAAAUAAAAGAUCCCAGAAAUGUUUCAUAUGAACAAAAGCUUAUUUCUCUAAAAUGUGCACAAAUUUGUUUACAUCCCUGUUAGUGAGCAUUUAAAUUUUGCCAAGAUAAUCCAUACACCUGAUAGUUAUAGCAUAUCAAGAAGCUGAUUAAACAGCAUGAUAAUUACACAGGUGCACCUUGUGCUGGGGACAUUUUGUCACAAAACACAAUGCCACAGAUGUCUCAAGUUUUGAGGGAGCGUGUAUUUAGCAUGCUGACUGCAGGAAUGUUCACCAGAGAUGUUGCCAGAGAAAUAAUGUUCAUUUCUCUACCAUAAGCCGCCUCCAAUGUCGUUUUAGAGAAUUUGGCAGUACAUACAACCGCAGACCACGUGUAUGGCGUCAUGUGGGCGAGCGGUUUGCUGACGUUGUGAACAGAGUGGGGGUUAUGGUGGAAGUGGGGUUAUGCUAUGGGCAGGCAGGCAUAAGCUACGGACAACAAACACAAUUGCAUUGCAAUUUGAAUGCACAGAGAUACCGUAAACGAGAUCCUGAGGCCCAUUGUGCCAUUCAUCUGCACCAUCACCUCAUGUUUCAGCAUCAUAAUGUCGCAAGGAUCUGUACACAAUUCCUGGAAGCUGAAGCUGUCACAAUUCUUCCAUGGCCUGCAUACUCACCAGACAUGUCACCCAUUGAGCAUGUUUGGAUGCUCUGGAUCGACGUGUACAAUGGCAUGUUCCAGUUCCCGCCAAUAUCCAGCAACUUUGCACAGCCAUUGAAGAGGAGUGGGACAACAUUCCACAGGCCAAAUCAAAAGCCUGAUCAACUCUAUGUGAAGGAGAUGUCACGCUGCAUGAGGCAAGUGAUGGUCAAACCAGAUACUGACUGGUUUUCUGAUCCACGCACCUACAGUUGAAGUCGGAAGUUUACAUACACCUUAGCCAAAUACAUUUAAACUCAGUUUUUCACAAUUCCUGACAGUUAGGAUCACCACUUUAUGUGAAAUGUCAGAAUAAUAGUAGAGAUAAUGAUUUAUUUCAGCUUUUAUUUAUUUAAUCACAUUCCCAGUGGGUCAGAAGUUUACAUACACUCAAUUAGUAUUUGAUAGCAUUGCCUUUAAAUUGUUUAACUUGGGUCAAACGUUUCAGGUAGCCUUCCACAAGCUUCCCACAAUAAGUUGGGUGAAUUCUGGCCCAUUCCUCCUGACAGAGCUGGUGUAACUGAGUCAGGUUUGUAGGCCUCCUUGCUCGCACACACUUUUUCAGUAAUGCCCACAACUUUUCUAUAGGAUUGAGGUCAGGGCUUUGUGAUGGCCACUCCAAUACCUUGACUUUGUUGUCCUUAAGCCAUUUUGCCACAACUUUGGAUGUAUGCUUGGGGUCAUUGUCCAUUUGGAAACCCAUUUGCGACCAAGCUUUAACUUCCUGAUUGAUGUCUUGAGAUAUAAUCACAUAAUUUUCCUUCCUCAUGAUGCCAUCUAUUUUGUGAAGUGCACCAGUCCCUCCUGCAGCAAAGCACCCCCACAGCAUGAUGCUGCCACUCCCGUGCUUCACGGUUGGGAUGGUGUUCUUCGGCUUGCAAGCACCCCCUUUUUCCUCCAAACAUAACGAUGGACAUUCUGGCCAAACAGUUCUAUUUUUGUUUCAUCAGACCAGAGGACAUUUCUCCAAAAAGUACGAUCUUUGUCCCCAUAUAUAGGACUCGUUUUACUGUGGCUAUAGAUAAUUUUGUACCUGUUUCCUCCAGCAUCUUCACAAGGUCCUUUGCUGUUGUUCUGGGAUUGAUUUGCACUUUUUGCACCAAAGUACGUUCAUCUCUAGGAGACAGAACGCGUCUCCUUCCUGAGCGGUAUGAUGGCUGUGUGGUCCCAUGUUGUUUAUACUUGCGUACUAUUGUUUGUACAGAUGAACGUGGUACCUUCAGGCGUUUGGAAAUUGCUCCCAAGGAUGAACCAGACUUGUGGAGGUCUACAAUAAUUUUUCUGAGGUCUUGGCUGAUUUAUUUUGAUUUUCCCAUGAUGUCAAGCAAAGAGGCACUGAGUUUGAAGGUAGGCCUUGAAAUACAUCCACAGGUACACCUCCAAUUGACUCAAAUUAUGUCAAUUAGCCUAUCAGAAGCUUCUAAAGCCAUAACAUCAUUUUCUGGAAUUUUCCAAGCUGUUUAAAGGCACAGUCAACUUAGUGUAUGUAAACUGUUGGUGAAACCAUAAGGAGAGGAAGUACAAAACCAACGACGCUAGACAGAGAGGAAUUUGCUUAAGCAAAAGGCAGUUUAUUAAAACAGAGAGAGCUGGUAUUGUGCAAGCUACAUGCAUGGACCCAUUCAAUUGCCUCUUAUGGAGACAGUUGAGAAAGGAUCAAAAACAGAGUUUUCAGCAUUACUUUAUACAAUGCAACAUAAAGAAAGGGGUCCUUCUUCUAGUCCCUUGAUUGGUUCCCGAGGCGUAGGAGGCGGGUCUGCUCUGUCCAGAGCAGAAGCCCCAUUGGUGCACGGCAGAGUCCUCUGCCCUUGGCACCCGACCAGUAGAAAGAAGUGCAGUUUGUGUGUGUGCGUCCACAGAGCAAAGAACUCGUGAGGCAUGAGAAUGAGUGUGCGUCCACAUUGAGAUGUGUGUGUGAAUGUGUGUAUGUCUCAAGGGAAAACUCGUGGGGAGCAACCAGUGAUUGUGGCCUGUGGCGUGGGUGUUGUCCUUGACAAGAUAUGGUCCUCUGUCCAUUGUUCUUGCAUAGGAACAGCAUUGAUUGAAAACAAGCUCCUAACAUAAAAUGGGUCAUGCACAAGAUUUUAGUCAGACCAAGCUAUAACAUUUUAUAUUUACUACGACAAAUCCCCCUCUUCACGUCUUCUAGACGUGACCCAUUCAUUAUGUUGGCAUGAAGCAUAGUUGAAUCAGUGUUAAAAGAAAAAACAAUAAUGUAGGAAAGAAAACAAAACAUGAUAACGCAUAAUGCAAUGGUAAAAAAAAUUAAUUAAACAAUCAACCAUCCCCCUCUAGCAUACCAAUUAUAUGGCCAGUUAAUUAAACAAUGUUAGUCCCCCUCUAGUGCACGAUGAAAGACAUCAAAGCUGUUGUUCAAAUUCUAUUUCAUCUUCAUUUUGGUGUCAAAUUUUGGUUUUGGCUGCUCAAAUCAGCACUGACUUCUGUCAGUGAUCUAGAAGGAGUGGGGGCUGGUGUGCAAUGAGUUAGAUGGUGCCAGGGUGCGCCUGAUUUACCUCUGACCUGGACUGAGUGUGAAGUAACCUCCUUCACUUCGUACGGUCCAGUCCACCUGGGUUCCAGCCACUUUCUCUUGUGGACUUUUACCCUCACCCAGUCUCCCACUUUUACCUUCAGUGUCAGCGUACUUCCCGACAGCUCCCCCUCUUGGGCCUUCUGCACCUGA